GCCCUUGGAUUCAGGGAGCAGCAGCCUGCAGAUCAUUGACACUUAAACUGUGCAGACAGCGAACUUGGUGCUGGAAGAUGGAACGAAGAUGAAAGGCUAUUCUUUUGGCUACCCAUCCUCCACAGCAGGGGAAGUCGUAUUCAACACUGGUAUUUCUGGAUACACUGAAGCCUUGACAGACCCCAGCUACAAAGGGCAGAUUCUUACACUGGCUAAUCCCAUCGUUGGGAAUGGUGGAGUGCCUGACACGACUGCCCUGGAUGAAAUAGGCCUCAGGAGGUUUCUGGAGUCUGAUGGAAUCAAGGUUUCAGGUUUGCUGGUCCUGGAUUACAGCAAUGAGUACAGUCACUGGCAGGCUGCGAGGAGUCUAGGAGAGUGGUUGCAGGAAGAAAAGGUGCCUGCUCUGUAUGGGAUUGAUACCAGAAUGCUGUCUAAAUUAAUUCGUGACAAGGGCACAGUACUUGGGAAGAUUGAAUUUGAAGGUCAACCCACAGAGUUUGCAGACCCAAAUAAGCAGAACUUAAUUGCAGAAGUUUCAACAAAGGAAGUCAAGGUGUUUGGCAAAGGGAACCCAAUUAGAAUUGUAGCAGUUGACUGUGGGUUGAAGAACAACGUUAUUCGUCUGCUGGUAAAGCAAGGUGCAGAAGUACAUUUAGUUCCGUGGAAUCAUGAUUUUACCAGCAUGGAGUAUGAUGGGCUCAUAAUUUCUGGAGGUCCAGGAGAUCCCAUGAAGGCCCAGGAAGUGAUUCAGAAUGUCAGAAAGGUCCUGGAGAGCAAUCGCCCAGAACCUUUGUUUGGAAUUGGCAUGGGGAAUCUAAUCACUGGAAUUGCAGCUGGAGCUACUUCCUACAAGAUGCAGAUGGCCAACAGAGGACAGAACCAGCCUGUCCUGAAUGCAGUGAAUGGACAAGCUGUCAUCACUGCUCAGAAUCAUGCUUAUGCUAUCGACAGCUCUACCCUCCCACCUGGCUGGAAGCCUCUUUUUGUGAAUGUCAAUGAUCAAACAAAUGAGGGAAUUAUGCAUGAGACCAGACCAAUUUUCACAGCACAGUUCUACCCAGAUGCAAAUCCUGGGCCGACAGACACGGAGUUCCUGUUUGAUUCAUUUAUCUCACUGAUUAAGAGAGGGAAAGGCACUACCAUUGCUUCGGUCCUGCCCAAGGCUGGAGCAACAGCUUCUAGAGUGGAGGUCUCCAAAGUUCUCAUUCUAGGAUCUGGGGGUCUGUCGAUCGGUCAGGCAGGGGAAUUUGAUUACUCUGGAUCUCAGGCUGUGAAAGCUCUGAAGGAAGAAAAUGUAAAAAUUGUCCUCAUGAAUCCCAACAUCGCUUCAGUGCAGACAAAUGAGACCGGCUUAAAGCAGGCUGACGCUGUGUAUUUCCUCCCCAUCACUCCACGGUUUGUCACAGAGGUCAUCAAGGCAGAGCAUCCUGAUGGAUUAAUUUUGGGCAUGGGUGGCCAAACAGCUCUCAACUGCGGAGUGGAGCUCUUCAAGCAAGGAGUCCUGCAGCAGUAUGGUGUGAAGGUCCUAGGUACAUCAGUUGAAUCCAUCAUGGCUACCGAGGAUAGAAAGCUUUUUUCUGAUAAACUGAUGGAGCUAAAUGAAAAGAUUGCUCCUAGCUUUGCAGUGGAAUCGAUUGAAGAUGCUUUGGAGGCAGCUGAGAAAAUCAGCUAUCCGGUCAUGAUACGUUCUGCUUAUGCCCUUGGUGGUUUGGGGUCAGGUGUAUGCACUGACAAGGAAAGUUUGCUGGACCUUGGAACAAAGGCAUUUGCAAUGACUAAACAAAUUCUUGUGGAAAAAUCAGUUGUGGGCUGGAAGGAGAUAGAAUACGAAGUUGUGAGAGAUGCUGCAGAUAAUUGUAUUGCAGUCUGCAAUAUGGAAAACAUAGAUGCUAUGGGAGUCCACACAGGAGAUUCUGUCGUAGUGGCUCCGAGCCAGACACUCACUAAUGAGGAAUUUCAGAUGCUGAGGGAUCGUGCCAUCAAGGUUGUUCGAUAUCUGGACAUUGUGGGAGAAUGUAAUAUCCAGUUUGCUCUGCAUCCAACUUCCCUGGACUACUACAUCAUUGAAGUUAAUGCCAGACUCUCGAGAAGUUCAGCUUUGGCAUCCAAGGCAACAGGGUAUCCAUUAGCGUUCAUUGCUGCCAAAAUUGCCUUGGGGAUCCCGUUACCAGAGAUCAAGAAUGUAGUGACAGGAAAAACCUCAGCCUACUUUGAGCCCAGCCUGGAUUAUGUUGUUACUAAGAUACCCCGCUGGGACCUGGACCGUUUUCAGGGAGCCUCCAACCGGAUUGGGAGCUCCAUGAAGAGCGUGGGAGAGGUCAUGGCUAUUGGCCGCACUUUUGAAGAGAGCUUCCAAAAGGCCCUGAGGAUGUGCCACCCCUCUAUAGAUGGCUUCACUUCACAUCUGCCCAUGAAUAAAGCCUGGCCAGCCAUCGCAGAUCUCCAGAAGGAACUCUCUGAACCAUCCAGCACUCGAAUAUAUGCAAUGGCCAAGGCCUUGGAAAAGGGAGUCCCUGUGGAUGUCAUUCACAAGCUCACGGCCAUUGACAAAUGGUUCCUGUGUAAGAUGCGCAGCAUUGUGAACAUGGAGAAGAUCCUGAAGGAAGUGAAGCAUACCAGUGAAGAAAUUCCAGAAGAGCUGAUGAGGAAAGCCAAACAGAUGGGCUUCUCAGACAGACAGAUUGGGAAAUGCCUGGGACUGACUGAAGUCCAGUGCCGCCAGCUGAGAAUGAGGAAGAAUGUAGUGCCCUGGGUGAAAAAGAUUGACACACUGGCAGCAGAAUACCCAGCGGUAACUAAUUACCUUUACGUCACGUACAACGGCCAGGAACACGAUAUAAAAUUUGAUGACUGUGGAGUGAUGGUGUUGGGCUGUGGACCAUAUCACAUAGGCAGCAGUGUGGAGUUUGAUUGGUGUGCUGUCUCCAGUAUCCGCACGCUGCGUCAGCUUGGCAACAAAACGGUCGUGGUGAAUUGCAACCCGGAGACGGUGAGCACAGAUUUUGAUGAGUGUGACAGACUGUACUUUGAGGAGAUGUCAUUGGAAAGGAUUCUGGACAUCUACCAGUAUGAGGGAUGUAGUGGCUGCGUUAUUUCUGUGGGCGGGCAGAUUCCCAAUAACUUGGCAGUGCCACUACACCAGUGUGGAGUGAAGAUCCUUGGCACACAUCCUUUGCAGAUCGACCGGGCAGAAGAUCGCUCCGUUUUCUCAGCUGUUCUGGAUGAGCUGCGUGUGGCUCAAGCUCCCUGGAAGGCAGUCAGCACUCUGACAGAUGCAGUUGAAUUUGCAGGCGCUGUGAGUUACCCAUGUUUGCUGAGGCCUUCCUAUGUUCUAAGUGGGUCUGCAAUGAAUGUAGUAUUCAGUGAAGAGGAAAUGAAAAAGUUCUUAGUGGAAGCCGCCAGAGUUUCUCAGGAUCACCCUGUGGUGCUCACUAAAUUUAUUGAAGAUGCCCGCGAGGUGGAAAUGGAUGCUGUAGCCAAGGCAGGAAGAGUUAUUGCACAUGCUGUUUCGGAGCAUGUGGAGGAUGCAGGCGUUCAUUCUGGAGAUGCCACUCUCAUGUUACCCACACAGACUAUUAGCCAGGGAGCCUUGGAGAAGGUAAAAUCUGCUACAAAGAAGAUUGCAAAUGCCUUUGCCAUCUCUGGUCCAUUCAACGUGCAGUUCUUGGUGCGAGGCAAUAAUGUGUUGGUAAUAGAGUGCAACUUGCGGGCUUCACGCUCCUUCCCUUUUGUAUCCAAGACUCUGGGUGUGGACUUCAUUGAUGUGGCCACAAAAGUGAUGAUUGGAAAAGAGGUUAAUGAAUCAUCCCUCCCAACACUGGAGCAUCCCAUUAUUCCAUCCAAAUACAUUGGGAUUAAGGCCCCAAUGUUUUCCUGGUCCCGGUUGAGAGAUGCCGAUCCUGUUCUCCGAUGUGAAAUGGCCUCUACAGGGGAGGUUGCGUGCUUUGGGGAAGAUGUAUACUCUGCCUUCCAGAAAGCUAUGCUUGCCACUGGAUUUACAUUUCCUAAGCAAGGCAUUUUGAUUGGAAUCCAGAAAUCCUUCCGCUCCAAGUUCCUCUGUGUAGCAGAACUACUGCAUGGGGAAGGCUUCCAGCUUUACGCCACUGAAGCAACCUCUGACUGGCUCAAUGCAAAUGGUAUCCCUGCAAAUCCUGUGGCAUGGCCAUCACAGGAAAGCCUGAGUCCCAGCCUCCCUCCAGUCAGGAGGCUGAUAAGGGAUGGGAAAAUAGAUUUGGUGAUUAACCUGCCUAACAGCAACACCAAGUUUGUCCAUGAUAAUUAUGUGAUCCGGAGGAUGGCUAUUGACAGUGGGAUUGCUCUACUCACUAAUUUCCAGGUGACAAAGCUUUUUGCUGAAGCUAUCAAAUACUCUGGGAAAUUGGACUCCAAGAGUCUCUUCCACUACAGACACUUUGACAAAGGAGAUGCUGCAUAGAAGAUCUAUGUCCAACCUGCAGUCUUUGCUGCUUCUGGCACCGCAAAAGAGGAGAUCUCAGAUCAUCCAUCUGACAUCUUUGUGUGCAUUUUGUAGUGUCUGCACUGUUUGUCUUUCCAACUUAAGCAAACUAACUCCCAGCAAGUGCUUUUGGUCGUUCACUGGGAAGCAUUGUUCUCCCCAGCCUUUCUACCAUCUUAUCUCCAUUUCCACUUAGGAAGAAAUAUUACUUAAUAGAUCCAGAUGCCACCGUAGCAGACAGAUGAGAGAUACCAAUAGGAGUAGCUCUUUUGAUAACUAACCUGUUCUUCCUUAGAUGUUUUUGGAUCCAUCUGCCCAGAUAUUCUCAUGUUGGACUGUUGGAUUUGGCCCCGAACUCCCACAGAAAGAUGUGUAGCUUCUUCUUUCUGUUACUGGCUGUUGUGGAUUUCACAACUUUAUAUAAUGAUCAGGCAUCCUCCUGCAUGAUCUCCCAAUGACACCAUGGACAACUCUUGUAGUACAGAAAUGCUGAGGGUGAUGAGUACGAUAGAAUUUCUUUAAAGACAAAAAAUCAUGAAUUCUGAAUGAUUCCCUGCCACAGCUGAGGGGCAUGAGGCACCAACUGGUUUUUUUUGUGUUAAACUCUGGCUGAGCAUCCUCUUAUACAGCCUGCAGAUCUGAUGGGUAAUGAAGACUCUGUGUUCUCUUUUUAAAAUGUUUUGUUUAAAAAAAAAAAAAAAAUCUGAAUUCAAGCAGUUGUCACUGCUUUGUAAGGGUUCUCUCUCAGCUUUGUGUUUGGCUUCAAAAAUGGGGAAUUCCCUGAAGACUUCUUUGUACUGCUGUCCAGUGUUCUGUGCUGUGAUUGUGGACAUUAAGAUUGAAUCCUUUCAGUACAAGGUGAAAGCGUGUCAGUACGUUAAGCCUCCCAAUUAAGUGACCCCUUCACUUUCAUUCUUGCUUUUUCAGCUCUAGCAAUGCCUGCAAAUCCUGCCUGCAGAGCAGGCACUUGCUAUGUCACUUAAUGCACGUCUUCACGUACUGAUUACGUAGCAGAAGAGUUCCACAGCUCUAUGGCUAACAAAGCUGUAUCCUGUAUACAUGCACAGCAGUCUCUGUGCCUACCUCUGAAUGUUUUUCAGCUGGGGACAACGUGUUUGUCUUUUAUUCCCCCCAUAUUGCAGUGUGAAACUGAAAAGCUUCAAAAUUGAACUAAUGCAAUAACAUUUCAGGAGGAAUAUCAAAUCUGAUGAGAGCUGUUAUUGAAAGGUGCAAAGGAGAGGACAGAAGCCGUGAUGCCUUUGGGUGUCAGAGGAAUCCCUGAGCAACUGAUGCUGAAUGCCAAGACCAAAUUUUGGGUUAAGUGUGGAUUUAUUUCUGACCUGGUUGAUACUCCAAGUCCUCUGAUCUCAGACAUCUCGUCAUAACUAACUGUUGUGGUGAACACAGUCCUGCCUGCUGUGCAGAGGGAGAGCUUUGCACUUUUAGAGUAGAGAUGUUAUUAAAAAAACAAAAAAACAAACAAAAAAACCCCACCAAUCCAGAAGAGCCCAGAGCUACCGAGUGUUCUCCCAUCCAGUUGUGAAAUGAAUGACUAAUGGUGGUUAAUGAACCAGUGCUCUGUAAAUGCAUCCUGCACUUUCUUUUUCCAGUGGCAAAAAUUUCACUAAUAAUUGAUGAAGUCGCACAUCGUCCCCCCCUGCUUUUACCUCUAGUAGUGAACAAAGUGACAUCUUAACGUGUCUGUAUUCUCUUGUUCUUCUGCUUCGAUUUUGUUACUUUUUUCAAGAGCUGAAAAGGAAAUAAAU